AUGCAGGUGGCCCUCCACCGGACUUCUUACUCGCAGGAGGGUCGUAUAAAGGCCGGGAGGGAGAGGCCCAACUACUUCAACCCACCUAACGCAGAGCUGCAAGGCGAAAUUUGGAAUGAGCCACCUUGCUUUUAUCACCGCGCCCAGUUGCUCAUAUCCCAAGGCCGAGCGGAAGCGGCCACGGAUCUAUUUGCAGAGGUGCUGCAAGUUUCCCGGACCAUGAGCAACAAGAACACUCAUAAAACCCCGUCAACCGUGGCACGGAAUGUGGCCAAUAGUAGCAGGAAUGAGGGAAGCGGCGAACUUGAAGUUGCGACAGAAAUCACCACUGAGUUACAGCACCAAGGCCUUGAAGACGAGACCGAGAAUGCGACACCAAAGGUGGUAGAAGGUGUCACCAAGCAUAACACGAGCACUCCUGACUCCUCAACAAGUAGCGGUCAGGAUGUUGCCAGUACUAAUUAA